CUGCUGUGAAGUAACAGUUUGUGGCCAGACAAGUCCAGAACCAAGACGUUGUCAUCACAGGAACGUGGAGCCCAGCAGCGGGACCAGCUGCAUCUAGUCGAGAUGGUGGACACAGAGAGCCCGAUUGGUCCCCUCUCCCCACUCGAGGCUGAUGAUCUGGAAAGUCCCCUCUCUGAAGAAUUCCUACAAGAAAUGGGAACCAUUCAAGAGAUUUCUCAGUCCAUUGGUGAGGACAGUUCUGGAAGCUUUAGUUUUACAGAAUACCAGUAUUUAGGAAGUGGUCCAGGAUCAGACGGCUCCGUGAUUACAGACACCCUCUCACCAGCCUCGAGCCCCUCGCCCAUCUCUUACCCUGUGGUUCCUGGCAGCGCCGAGGAAUCGUCCAGCGUGGCACUGAACAUCGAGUGUAGAAUCUGUGGGGACAAAGCCUCGGGCUACCACUACGGAGUUCACGCAUGUGAAGGCUGCAAGGGUUUCUUCCGGAGGACCAUUCGGCUAAAGCUGGCGUAUGACACAUGUGACCGUAGCUGCAAGAUUCAGAAAAAGAAUCGGAAUAAGUGCCAGUAUUGUCGUUUUCACAAGUGCCUUUCAGUUGGGAUGUCCCAUAAUGCAAUUCGUUUCGGACGAAUGCCAAGAUCUGAAAAAGCAAAAUUGAAAGCAGAAAUCCUUACAUGUGAACAUGACCUAGAAAAUUCCGAAAGCGCAGAUCUCAAAUCUCUCGCCAAGAGGAUCUACGAGGCCUACCUGAAGAACUUCAACAUGAACAAGGUCAAGGCCCGGGUCAUCCUCGCGGGAAAGGCCAGCAACAAUCCGCCUUUCGUCAUACACGACAUGGAGACAUUAUGUACGGCCGAGAAGACUCUCGUGGCCAAGCUGGUGGCCAACGGCGUCCAGAACAAGGAGGCAGAGGUCCGCAUCUUCCACUGCUGCCAGUGCACGUCUGUGGAGACGGUCACGGAGCUCACGGAGUUCGCCAAGGCCAUCCCGGGCUUUGCGGGCUUGGACUUGAACGACCAAGUCACUUUGCUGAAAUACGGGGUCUACGAGGCCAUAUUUGCAAUGCUGUCUUCCGUCAUGAAUAAAGACGGCAUGCUGGUAGCAUACGGAAAUGGUUUUAUAACUCGUGAAUUCCUAAAAAGCCUAAGAAAACCAUUUUGUGAUAUCAUGGAGCCCAAGUUCGACUUUGCAAUGAAGUUUAAUGCACUGGAGCUGGACGACAGUGAUAUUUCCCUCUUUGUGGCUGCUAUAAUUUGCUGUGGAGAUCGGCCCGGCCUUCUAAAUGUGGGACACAUUGAAAAAAUGCAGGAGGGUAUCGUGCACGUGCUCAAACUUCACUUACAGAGCAACCAUCCCGACGACAUCUUUCUCUUCCCCAAACUCCUGCAAAAGAUGGCAGAUCUGCGGCAGCUGGUCACGGAGCAUGCGCAACUGGUGCAGGUGAUCAAGAAGACAGAGUCCGACGCCGCCCUGCACCCGCUGCUGCAGGAAAUUUACAGGGAUAUGUACUGAUUUCUCGGAAAUGCGCACAAAAAAGAAACUUUUCAAGCGUUUUUAAAGGCGACAGCACUACAAGUGAGAGAUGGGAGCAACGCAACUUUGCACAAAUGUCACCAUUUGAACCUGGGACAAAGGAAAGUAGGAGCUCUAGGUAACCGGACUCCUGUUCCAUGUUUCUUUCUUUUUUUAACCACUGCUUCAAGAAAUGCUGGUGAUAAACAGCUGUUAGCCAGGACUUGGAAAAUUAAGCAGAAUGGUGUUCAGUGGUCUGAUUUAAUGCACCCGAUGUGAAUCAAUGCAGAUUUCUUUGUCACAUUAGGAAUUUACUGGUGACUUAACCUCAGAAUACGUGGCCUGACUUCCCUUUGCACCACCUUUUGACUGCUGUGCUCCUUUAUAAUUUUGAAAACUAAUCAGCACUUUUUAAUUUUUAUAAUCCUGUAAACCUAGAUGUCUCCAAAGGUUAGGUAUUUUAAAAGUUUCCUGAAUUUGAAGAAAGACAACAUGCCGGUUUUGAAUCGUAGGAUUUAGAAUGUCAAAGAAUGAUUCGAUAAGCUAUCAAAAUGCAGCGAUUGUUUUGUUUCAGUUCGCUGCUUUCGUGGUGUAACUAACAUGUGAAAAAGCCUGUUCCCAGGUUUGUGUAGAAGAUCCCGGAAAGCCACGGCUCACGGGCCCUCUGGACUCUAUCCUCCGCCUGUUUAAAGCUAGCGUCUGUGGUCAACAGGAACAAGACAGACUCUGAAGCAUGUCAGCUUCCCAUUCCUCUCACCUCCAUUUCCUGUCAAAUCUGAACCAACUGACUCAGGCUGUUUGGGGGCCAUGGUCACGUCUCCAGGGGCAAAGUGACAAGUUAUUUGUAAAUCUUGCUCUGGGCCCCCUCUGUCAAGGCAGCUCCUUGGUCUUUUUCUGUGUUGCUUUUUUAAACAUGUGGCUUAAUUUUUAUAACUCUUGCUGGUGGUAGCUGCUCCCUGGAGUGGAGAAGAUGAGGCGCAGGUGACUUUAUAGUGUGGCCUGGGGGCAGCGGUCUCAUCUGGAGAAUGAACGGGGCAGGCCGGGGCGGCGGUGUGUGGAGUGGAUAUGAAAUGGCGGUUUUACUCAUCUCAGGAUGCACAACAGGCUGGUGGCUUUUACAAAGAUUUUGAGAGUCGUUUCCUUUUCCAGCUACAUAUGUAAGGUAGUUUCGCCAUUAUCUGCAAUAUCUGUUUCAGCCUUAAAGAUCAACUUUUCAACCUUGGUCCAGUUAUGAAGGCGGUAUGGAUUAUGGUUUUCGUCUAGAGCACACGGACCUGGAAAUACUAUUUUUCUGUCCACCACGGUAGAUCCACGGUCCCAUCAGAGAACUUUCAGCAGUGCCUCCCCUGAGCCAGACUGGGCUGAUCCUGCCAUUCGGCUCCUCGAUGCCUCUUGGGCGGCAGCACUUACGACCCGGUUGUGCCCUUGGUGCCCCUCCCCCUCUAUCUUUAGGAAAUACGGUUCUAUAAGGUCAUUAUUAUUUGCCGUUAAAGAAUGGCUAGGAUUGAAUUUGAUAAAGUUCCCAAGAUCAGCAUUGUUGUAAAUAAAACUGUGAGACUUCAACUAGAAAAAAGCCAAACUUAC